CUUGUUAUUUUCGUUGUCGUCUUGGACAGUUGUAACACGAAAAGCAUUCCUGUGAACAUGUGUGCUGGAAGUCAAGAGAGAACUAACGUUAUUGAAAUCACUCUAUCAGAAACCAUUACAGACGCCAUUCCACGGCUUCUACAGAAAUUUCAACUUUUUAUACGACACCUAGAGGACUUCUUAAUUACACUUAAUGAAAGAGGAUUGAGGGGUGACCAACAUCUGCUGGAAGCUAUUGGUUCAUCAGAGGGAUUGGACGGAUUUCCGGUAUUUAACAUUCAAUCCGUUGGCGAGGAUACUGAUGAACAACUUUUGCGAGACUACCAGAUUCUCCUGACGAUAUGGCCGUUUGUGGAGCAUAUGCAAAAACUGGAAAAAAUAUCAGAUAGGAUAUCCUACGCCUCCGUUAUCCAAGACAUUUAUACGUAUUUACAAGAUCUCAUUUGUGAAUUUUACACGAUAUUAGUGAACCGUGACCGCACCAUUCCACCACUGCAAAACCCCGUCACAGUGCCCCCUGUGUAUAAUGAGUUGUCUGCCGCUAGUCGUCAUUUAUAUCACUAUCUAGUAGCACGUGAUAUCAAGGAAAUAGUGGCUGAUCUCCGAAACAGAUAUACAGAUAGUUGAAAAUUGUAUUUCAAUAUGUUGUUAUUGAUAAUGCCAGAGGUUAUGGAACUUUGCCAUACAUUUUUAUUUUUAUAAAUGCUAUAAUUCUUGCA